CCAUCGCUUCUGUGAUGGAGAGGCGAAGCCGAGCAGAGCAGAUAGAUAGCGCAGCGCAGCCCAGCAAGCAGCCUCGCUAGCUCUCGCAAACCUUCGCCACCAAGAACCCGGAAACCCCCUCUUCCAGAAGCUUCUGGAAUCAAUCUCCGGUCGAGCAACAUGCAGGAGUUCCACCCCGUCCCCGGGCUGGCCGGCCGGCUGUUCGGCGGCGCGGCGGCGGCGGCGGCUGUGGCGGCGGUGGAGGAGGUGCGGUGCCCGCGGUGCGACUCGUCGAACACCAAGUUCUGCUACUACAACAACUACAACCUCUCCCAGCCCCGCCACUUCUGCAAGGCGUGCCGCCGCUACUGGACCAAGGGCGGCCUCCUCCGCAACGUCCCCGUCGGCGGCGGCUGCCGCAAGCCCAAGCGCCCGGCGCCGCCGCCGUCGUCCUCCUUCACCGGCGGCGGCGGCGGCGGCGGCGGGUGUGGCCAUCGCGACUCCAAGAGCGCACGCUCAGCCGGCGGCGGCGGCGACGGCUCGGGCUCGACCGCGAGCGCCACGGCGACCCCCGCUGCGGCGCCUGCGUCGUCGAACACCUUGUCUGCUGCUGUUUCCCAGCCAAGCAGCGUCGACGCGCUGUCGCCGCCUCCGGCGCCGAUGUUCGCCGACCAGGCCACGGCGUUCGCGUCGCUCUUCGCGCCGCCGCCGCCGCCACCGUCGCAGGCGCUCCCGGCCUUCGCGAGCUUCACGGCGCAGCCCAAGGCAGAGGAGGACGUCGCCGACGCACCUGCGCUCGCAGCCACGGAGCAGCACCGGUCGUCCUCGGCGGCGUCGUUCGCCGCACACAGCAUCUCGCCGCCGUUCGCCGCCGCACGGUCCUCGGAUGGGCCGGCAGCGGCUGCCGCCGCCGCCGCCGCCGACUGGGCGCCUCCGACGGCGGUGCUCGACGCCGGGAUGUUCGACCUCGCCGGCGCCAUCGGCGGCGACACGUCGUACUGGAACGCGGCGAGCUGGACUGACCACGACGGCACGAUCUACCUGCCGUAGUACUGUGUCCGUCUGCUUUGACGAUCGUGCGCGCCGCCGCGGCCGGCGACUUUGGCUCAGCCGCUUAAUCGCCCGAGCCGUACGUGGUUAAGGAUUAAUUACUUACUCGACUUAUUAAUUGUUAACCACCGCCUUAAUCCAUGUUAUACCUUACUUAAGCUAUUGGUUUCUUCUAGUACAAUAUAUGAUUCUUUUGAGAGGUGUCUGUAAAUAUAUUACUAUCGGUUUUAAUAGUUACUUCCUUCGUUUCACAAUGUAAAA